AUGUCAGACAACGGAAAACGAGUCGCAUCACCAUCUCCCAGCAAUGGUCACGCCCAAGGCCCUGGAAGUGCGGCCGGAUCCGUCCUCAGCGGUCGAAACAGAGCUGCUAGCACCGCAAAGAGCAUCACAAGCGUCAUGAGUGGCAAGACAGUGACUAGCUAUCAGCUCACGGGCAGCAAGAAGAUCAAUACUGCACCCCAGCUCCUCCUGGUCCUCAAACCGUAUUUUGCUCGUCUCUUUGAUUACCUGUUUGUCCCUAUCGCUCAGCUCGAUGACCGACGCUUGGGAAUGGCCUGUCCCGCUCGCGUAAGAGGUCGUGUGCGAUAUAGCUCCGCACUCAGGAACAUCCCCACAUUGACUGGUCAUCGACCUUAUUCAGGCUCUGGCACCUCUGCAUGGGCCAAGCAUGAGCCUCCCUCACCGGAUGGCGAAUUGCCGAGCAAUCCCGUCACCCAUUUUCUAGGCGCGGCAAACGUUGUUCAUCCAAAUGACUCACAGCACUUGUUGUCACCAACCUCUGGGAAUCCACAUCGUGAUGGUUCCUCAAUCACCUCUUCACAGCGCGGCCAACGGCAAGGAAACUCCGACGUGGCCUCGAUGACAUCGUCUGCACCUGAUCAGAUGGCAGAGCUCAAUCGGGAGGGACAACAGGGAUGGUGGCCGUUCUCGCUUCCGCUUCCUCCCCUCCCUCUUCCACUCCGCAAGAACUCGCAACAGGGGCAGGCAUCAAGCCUAACCAGUCCCUUCCAAGCUCUCUUCUCUCAACCUUGGCUCAAUUCUUCCAAGAGCUCAGAUGAACGAAUGGAAAACGGUGAUGCUGCUGGUCCCUCCGGCCAAGCCGAUGGCUCGGCUGGUGGAGGUGCAACAGGUGGAGACGAAGAAAACGCAAGCAAACCCAAGAAGGACAGGCCGCGUGUACAAUGGCUGUUUGAUAGAGCCCAAGUGCGCAAGCAGGGGCUUUUGACGGAGGAGGAAAUGAGGCAGCCAUCGCGGCGUCUUACAGACGAAGGAGAUUCGCCUCGCACAGAAGAAGACGAGACGGAUUAUACCGACGGUGAAGAUGAGAAUGGAAACAAGAUUCGACGGCAGCGACGAGGCAAGGGCAUGCACCUCAACCUCCCAAGACGAGGCAAGGGUCCCUUUACAGUCUCAAACUCGAAAACUCCUGGGUGGGAACAACCAUGGUCACCCAUCGCUCCAUCCCAGGCACGAGUACGAGGCGAACGAGGGAGCAAAGAAGGUGCUCAUGCAGACGAGUUGGACGAUACACUCGACGACGGCAACGACGACUUGGAUCCUAGCGCAAAAUUGACGCAGACGAAACGACAGAAGCGAUCACAAACGCUCAGAAGAUGGAUAUUGUACAAUAAUUCUGUGCCCCUGUUGAUACGACUCUUAAAUUUAUCAUUCACCUCGGCUACUCUUGCGGUAGCUAUAUCGAUCCGGCAGGUGGAGCGUAAAUAUACACUCGUGGGUGCUGUUGGCUCCUCGCCGAUCCUUGCCAUCAUAUUUGCUCCCCUCACCAUUAUUCACGUCAUGAUUGCUAUUUAUCUCGAAUAUUUUGGAAAACCUCUCGGCUUAUGGCGCACAUCGGGCAAACUCAUGCACACCCUCUUGGAAAUGUUAUUUAUUUGCAUGUGGUCGGCCAACCUCUCACUCGCAUUCGACAACUUUUUCACCUCACGUCUCGACUGUACACCUUCGUGGACAACACGCUGGUGGAAUCAACUACCUCUUCCGGAAACGUUGGACGAAGGACGAAACGAGGGAGGGCCCGCCGACCGGAUAUGCGACGAGCAGCUGGCCCUCAUCUGCCUCGUCUUUUUCGGCCUGGUCCUGUACUGUGGCAGUCUGAUCAUCAGUCUGUUCAGAAUCUUUGAAAAGGUCAAGUCUCACGGCGCAGACCCGUUUUCGGGUCGCCGAGGCUUUGGGCUCGGUGGGUUCGGGAUGGGCCGAUUUGGGGCGGGUUUCGGACGAUGA